AUGCCUGGAGAACGCGUCGCCUUCAUCGGCCUCGGCAAUAUCGGCCGCGGGAUGGCCCUGAACAUCGCCCAGAAAGGCCCUCAAUCCAGCCUCACCCUGUACAACCGCACCACCGCGCGCGCAACUGCCUUCGCCGCCACUCUAGACAACAAAGCCCGCGUCGCAACGACACUCCCCGACGCCGUCAGCAGCGCAGACAUCAUCUUCACGUGCGUCGGCGACGACGCCGCGCUCGAAGCCAUCAUCGAGGGCAUCCUGGCCGAGGGGGCGGACGUGUCGGGCAAGACCUUCGUGGACUGCUCGACCGUGCACCCGGAUACCUCGCGGAAGGCGGAGAAGGCGUUCGAGGCGCGCGGGGCCGCCUUCGUCGCGAGCCCCGUAUUCGGGGCGCCGAAUAUGGCGGAUGCGGGACAGCUGAUUGUCGUGCCGGCGGGCAAACGGGCGGCGAUUGCGCGCGCGGCGCCGUGGUACGAGGGUGUCACGGCGCGGGCGACGAUUGACCUUGCGGAGAAUGGCGGGGAUGUCGAUGUGGGGAAGGCGGCGACGCUGAAGUUGUUGGGCAAUACGUUUAUUUUGAAUACGGUUGGUGUGCUGGCGGAGACGGUGACGGCGGCGGAAACCUCCGGGCUGGGGGUGGGGCCGUUACAACAGUGGAUUGAGUUGUUUGCGCCGGGCCCGUUUGCGAAGUAUGCAUCGCGGAUGGUGUCGGGGGAUUAUUAUCAGCGGGAGGAGCCGCUUUUCGCGGUGGAUCUCGCCAGGAAGGAUUUGAGGCAUGCGUCCGGGUUGGCGAAGGCGGGGGGCCAGCGGAUGAGGAAUGUCGAGGUGACCGAUCAUUUGCUGCAGAUCGUGAAGGCGGAGAAGGGGGCGAAGGGGGAUAUUGCAGGUGUCUAUGGGGCGGCGAGGAAGGAGGCGGGGUUGAAGUAUGAGAAUCAGUGA